AUGGCCAGGGGUUUGAUUGAUAGAAUGAAUGAUUAUGAGUUUGUUUUUGCAUUGCACCUGAUGAAGUAUUUAUUGGGAAUCACAAAUGACUUGUCACUUGUUUUGCAACAAAGGGAUCAAAAUAUUGUCCAAGCCAUGAGUUUGAUUGAUACUAUGAAAUCUCAAUUGCAAGACUUUAGGGAAGAGGGAUGGCAAAUAAUUUUAGAUGAAGUCAACAAUUUUUGUGAGUUGAAUAUGAUUCCCGUGAUUGAUAUGGAAGACAGUAUAGCAAUCCGUGGCAAUGCCAGGCGCAGUCGCAGAGGUCAAACCAUCACUAAUUUUCAUCAUUAUCGCGUGGAAAUUUUUUGUGAGGUUGUUGAUUUAAUUAUACAAGAGAUGAAUAAUCGUUUCUCGGAAGUUAGCACGGAAUUGCUUAGUUGCAUAACAUGUCUUGAUCCAAAAAGUUCUUUCUCUCAAUUCAAUGUGCAGAAACUACUCCGUCUUGCUGAUUUAUAUCCUGAAGACUUCUCAAGUAACGAUUAUUUAUAUCUUGAGUCUCAACUUCGAAAUUAUAUUUAUAAUGUGCAACGCGAUCCUCAAUUUUCAGAAGUUGAAGAUUUGGGAAGUCUUGCUCAACAAAUGGUUAAAACUGGUAAAAAUACAGUUUUUCCAUUGGUUUAUCGUCUGAUCCAGUUGGCAUUAGUUCUACCAGUUGCGACUGCUUCUGUUGAAAGAGUAUUUUCUGCAAUGAAUAUUGUCAAGACUGAUUUGCGCAACAAAAUGGGAGACGAGUGGAUGAAUGACUGUCUGGUUGUAUACAUCGAGAAGGAUAUUUUUGCAACAAUUGAAAAUGAGCAAAUAUUGCAGCGUUUUCAACGGAUGAAGACUCGCAGAAUGCAAUUGCCUCCUCUUCGUUAUUCGAGUGCAACAACUACCAAUACUUCAAGUGUUAAUCAAUAA